UGUUUGGGUUUGAGAGAGGGAGUGGUGCGCUUGGGUGGUCUGGGCUAACAUUGAUCUGAGAGAAUGGUUUGUUUGGUUUUGGGUCGGUUCUCAGCCCAUUAGCAGGGUUUAGCCUCCGUCCGUCGUUCCUAGCGUCCACUCCCUAACCAAGCCAGGAGCCGGCGGCACACCGCACAGUCGCGGAGACGUAGCUGCCGGCGGUGGCAAGCAGCCAGCAGACUGUGAAGAGAAGGUGGACAGUGGCCUGACUGAAGAAGACCGAAUCGUUUGUGAGCGUAGAUCUGAAAUAUGAAGAUAAGCAAUCUUGUAUUCAAGACCUAAGUUUCAUCCAGACUGCUUUUGAUCCUUGGAGAUGGCGAAUCAAUCAUUUCUUGAUAGGAUGGUUUCCCAACUUCGUUCAACAUGCAAGUACUACACUGGAUAUCCCAAGGACCUAGGGCCAUCAAGAAUUAUACCAUUCACAUCAGAGCGUCAAUUUGUGCAGCUACUGCAUGAAGGACGGCCUGUAGUUGUUGCCUUUACUAUUAAGUGCACUUAUACACAGCAUCUUGACCAAGUACUGGAAGAAGCUGCUGCCACAUUUUAUCCAGAUAUAAAGUUUGUUCGAGUCGAGUGCCCAAAGUAUCCCGGGUUUUGCCUCACAAGGCAAAAGAAUGAAUAUCCAUUUAUUGAAGUAUUUUACAACCCAGAACAGGCUGCUAGCCAAGGAAAGGGCAUGGAUCUUAACAUCACUAAAUAUUCUGUAAAAGUUCUACCUUUCAACUAUGACCAGAGCGUGUAUGGAUUCCGAGAAUAUUUCAAGAAGCAUGGAUUCAAAUAUUUUGACACAACCUAGGUCAGUUAUUAAGAAUCUGCAUUGAGAGAAGUCCUGGUCAUAUCAGUGUUAGAAAUUUUGCUGAAUGAUGUGGAGAUCCAUCCCCCUUCAUGAUUUUGUGCUUGACCUCGGUGACACCAAACAAACGAAGAUCAUUCACGGACCACCCCGAAACAGAAAUUCUCUUUUUCAUUAUUCCCACUACAUGUCAUAUUAGAGUUUUACUGUAAUGUUUGCACAUCUGUGCUACUGGUAAAUGGGAGUUGUCUCGUAUCAUGUUUAUUUCAUUCUACGACUACCCCAGGGUGAAUUCCUAUUUUCUCAUUCCCCCCCUAUAUAGAUCGUAAGUGUAAAUUUUUGAGAAAUGCUGCUUGGAUCGACUCCACUUAUGUGAUAUUAUUGAAUUUUUGCGUGCCCUUGCCACCGGCAAAUGGGGAUUAUCCUAUUACAGGAGCGGUGGUUAUUUCAUUAAUCGACCGGCCGUUCUCC